AUCAGAAAAGAAAAAAGAAGUAGAAAUAGAUAAAAAUUAAUGAAGUAGUUAGUAGUAGUAAUUUGGAGAGAAUAAAAAAUAAAAAAGAAGAGAAAGUGGAAGACUGAAAACCAACCAAAGUGCUUAUACUGUUGAACGCAAAGGCGAUGAAACAACAAGAGAUAAAGUUUUAUCAUCAUUCUUUCAUCUGUGUUGUGUUGUUUUGUGUGUGCAAUCCUCAUUACCAUUGCCGCCGCCACCACCACCGCCUAUCACCCUCUCAUCCACCAACUGAUACCCGUAACUUCUUCACCUUCCUCUCCUUCCCCAAUUUAAAACUAAAUAAAAAAACUGUCCACUAAGGUUGAGGCACGUCACCAUCUCGCCCUUCCCCUCGCUCAUCUCAAAUCCAUGGUUCGGAAUUAGGGUUUCCAUUUGGAUUUCGCAAUUCUGGUGCCCGAUUUCUUGACUCCGAGAGAGGGAAAAGGGGAAAGCGAUGAGGAUGAGGAUUUGGGUAUUGGAGAUCGUGUUCGCCAUAUUUCUCUGUGGGACCCUCUCAUGCACCGCCCAACCUCAUCAUAAUAGGGUUUCUCUCUCAACCACCACAAGUAUCUGUCACGCCGGCUCCCUUCUCGAUUUCGUCUUAGGGUUUCCAGAUUCCACUUGUCCCCUUCUCAAUUCUCUUGGAUCCAUUGCCGUCAUCGAGGGAGAUGAAGUUUCUUUGCAGAAGGCUCUGAAUAUGGUUCACAAGAAUAAUCAUGAGUAUGUGGCUGUGCUCUUCUAUGCAUCCUGGUGUCCUUUCUCGCGGGUGUUUAAACCGAUUUUCUCUGUUCUCUCUUCGCUGCAUCCUUCCAUUCCUCAUUUUGCCAUUGAGGAGUCAUCCGUUAGGCCCAGCAUAUUAUCCAAAUAUGGUGUCCAUGGUUUCCCUACGCUGUUCAUUUUGAAUUCUACCAUGCGGGUUCGGUAUCAUGGGUCCCGGACGCUUGGCUCACUCAUUGGUUUCUACAAUGAUGUUACUGGGAUUAUGAUUGAUUCACUUGAUCAACUAUCACUUGAGAAAAUUAGUCGUUCAUCGGCUGAUGAGAGUCAUGGUAGCACCGAGCCAGAAAGUUGUCCAUUUUCAUGGGCUAGAUCUCCAGAAAAUUUACUACGACAGGAAACUUAUUUGGCUCUGGCCACUACAUUUGUGGUUUUCAGAUUACUAUACUUGUUUUUCCCUACACUGCUUAUAUGUAUUCGAUAUGCUUUGAGAAGGGUCAUCCAAAGUAUUAGAAUAUGGUGCUUGCUUGAACAUCCUUUGAUUUAUUUGAAGCGCCUAACACAGUCAUUUAACUGUUUGAAAGUGCCGUGCAAGAGACGUAAUCUGCAGGAAGGAGCAAUGAAUGCUAGAGCAUGGGCUUCCAAGUCCCUUGCCACCGUUUCAAUUGGAGAGGAAAGCAGCAGCCGUGGGAUGCAUCAGUGAGUUGAUUGUACUGAGUGAUUUUCCUUCUUGAAAUUGGAGAUUAGAAUAUAACCUAUGAAAGGCUUGGCUGCAAGUUAUGCCAUGUACUUUUGUUUCAGGAUCAUCUUCACACCCUCUGGCCUCGUGCUUAGUGGGGUCAAUUAUGUUACUGAAUGAUGUAAACAUCCCUUAUAUGUUCAUAUGAUCAAGAAAUACUUCAUUCAGCGUUCUAGAAGAUUGAGACUUUGAUGUGUAUAGUUUAAAUGUAGCAAACUCGAGCUAAAAUCUGCAAUUCUUUGACUCGUAGGUUUUCUUGAUCGUCAGUUCAUAAAUUUAAUUUUGUUGGGAAUGAAUUGAUUGUAAAUCUCACAAAAGUGAUUGGAUGCA